CACUCUCUCUUUCUCCAUUCUCUAUUCUCACUUCUCACUUCUCCAUCAAUGGCGUUACUCGUCGAUAAGACCACCAGUGGUAGAGAGUACAAAGUCAAGGACAUGUCCCAGGCCGACUUCGGCCGCCUCGAGAUCGAGCUGGCCGAAGUAGAAAUGCCUGGGCUCAUGUCCAGUCGGGCCGAAUUCGGCCCGUCACAGCCCUUCAAGGGAGCCCGCAUCACCGGCUCCCUUCACAUGACCAUCCAGACAGCUGUCCUCAUCGAGACUCUCACCGCUCUCGGCGCUGAGGUCCGCUGGUGCUCAUGCAACAUUUUCUCCACGCAGGACCACGCCGCCGCCGCCAUCGCUCGCGACUCCGCUGCCGUCUUCGCCUGGAAGGGCGAGACCCUCCAGGAGUACUGGUGGUGCACCGAGAGGUCCCUCGACUGGGGACCUUCCGGUGGCCCUGACCUCAUCGUGGAUGAUGGUGGCGAUGCCACGCUGCUCAUCCACGAAGGGGUGAAGGCCGAGGAAGAGUACGAGAAGACGGGUAAGUUACCAGACUCGUCUUCUACGGACAAUGCGGAGUUCCAGAUCGUGUUAACGAUCAUAAGAGAUGGGUUGAAGACGGAUCCCAAGAAGUACCAUAAAAUGAAAGAGAGGCUUGUUGGUGUGUCCGAGGAAACUACCACCGGUGUCAAGAGGUUGUACCAGAUGCAAGCCAGUGGGACCCUCUUGUUCCCUGCCAUUAAUGUUAAUGACUCUGUUACCAAGAGCAAGUUUGAUAACCUCUACGGAUGCCGUCACUCUCUCCCUGAUGGGCUGAUGAGAGCCACCGACGUCAUGAUCGCCGGCAAGGUUGCCGUGAUUGCCGGCUAUGGAGAUGUGGGAAAGGGCUGCGCCGCCGCAAUGAAGCAGGCCGGGGCGCGAGUCAUUGUGACCGAGAUCGAUCCCAUAUGCGCCCUCCAAGCUCUCAUGGAAGGCUUCCAAGUCCUGACCCUUGAGGAUAUCCUCUCAGAAGCUGACAUCUUUGUAACCACCACAGGUAACAAGGACAUCAUCAUGGUGAGUCAUAUGAAGAAAAUGAAGAACAAUGCGAUUAUCUGCAACAUUGGGCACUUCGACAACGAGAUAGACAUGCAUGGACUUGAGACAUACCCCGGCGUGAAGCGCAUCACGAUAAAGCCUCAGACUGACAGGUGGGUGUUCCCGGAGACGAACUCCGGCAUCAUCGUGUUGGCUGAAGGGCGUCUGAUGAACCUUGGGUGCGCAACAGGGCACCCAAGUUUCGUGAUGUCGUGUUCUUUCACAAACCAAGUGAUUGCUCAGCUUGAACUGUGGAAGGAGAAGGGGACAGGCAAGUAUGAGAAGAAGGUUUAUGUUUUGCCCAAACACCUUGAUGAGAAGGUUGCUUCUCUUCAUCUUGGAAAGCUUGGCGCUAAACUCACAAGGCUUAGCAAAGAUCAAGCUGAUUACAUUAGUGUGCCUGUUGAGGGUCCCUAUAAGCCUGCUCAUUAUAGGUACUAAUUACAUGUCAUUAUCAUGAUGAUUAUGAUGAUAUUCAUGUCAACAAGUGCCAAGGACUAGAUUAUUAUUUCAUUCUUUUGUGUUUUUUUGGUAGUGGUAGUUUGUUGGAUUUUUGUU